CCAGAAAUAAAAACACAGACAAGGAAAAACUGCUGCGCUGCACUUCUCUCAACCGCCGACCAGCACCGCACCAACUGACCAGCAAGCGAGUGAACGAACAAACACGACAUGGGGCCAGCCAAGGCAUUGGCGAUUGUCGCCGUGCUGCUGUGCAUGCUUGCCAGCGCAUCGGUUGCCUUUUACGUUCCAGGUGUUGCGCCACAGGACUUUGCAGAUGGAGACACCGUGGAAAUCAAGUCGGUCAAGAUGACCAGCAGUAAGCGACCAAAGCUGCCCUACCCGUACUACUACCUGCCGUUCUGCCGCCCUUUGAAGAUGAAGAACUCCAGAGAAAACUUGGGUGAAGUGCUCCGCGGCGACCGCAUCACCAACACCCCAUACGAGCUGCACAUGAACCAGAACGUGUCCUGCCGCCUGCUGUGCCGCGGCGAGAAGUACGUUGAGAAGAGCUACACAAAGGCGCAGAUCCACCGCUUUGAGAAGUUUAUUCGCGGCGAGUACCGCGUGCACUGGAUCAUGGACAACCUCCCAGCCGCCACCCGCGUUGAGUAUGACGACACGGUCAAGUACAUCCGCGGAUAUCCUGUUGGCUUCGUCGACCCCACCAUCGGCACGCAUAUCUUCAACCACGUUACCAUUGUUGGCAAAAUCCACCCCGGCAGCCACGAGGGCACGCACCGGAUUGUUGGGUUUGAGGUGCGGGCACGAAGCGUGGAUGUGUCGCGGUAUGAGGGCAACCCAUCCGACCCCAAUGACAUGUCGUGCAAGGUCAAGCCCGUCACCACGGAGCACGGUGGCCUUGUCCUCGACUCGGCUUCAAUGACGGACGACCGCAAGAAGCCGAUUGUGUGGUCGUACAGCGUGCAGUGGGAGCCAAGCGACAUUGCCUGGGCCUCGCGCUGGGACACCUAUCUCAGCGCAGACGACCCGGAGAUCCACUGGUUCUCCAUCGUCAACUCCCUCGUCACCGUCAUAUUCCUCUCCGGCAUCCUUGCGUUCAUCAUGGUGCGCACGCUGCGGCGCGACAUUGCCAAGUACAACGAGGAGGACAAGGAGGAGGCUCUUGAGCAGACCGGCUGGAAACUUGUCCACGGCGACGUCUUCAGGCCUCCAAAGCGCGCCUUCUGGCUGUCUGUGAUCUACGGGACCGGCGUGCAGCUGCUGUGCAUGGUUGCGCUGUCCAUUUGCCUGGCAAUGCUUGGCAUGCUGUCGCCUGCGAGCCGCGGCAGCCUCACGACUGCUGCCAUCCUCCUCUUCGUCUUCUUCGGCGUGAUUGGCGGUUACUACGGCGCUCGCCUGUACAAGACGCUCAAGGGCCAGAACUGGAAGCGCGCCGCCUUCACCACCGCCACGUUCCUGCCCACCGUUGUCUUUGGGGUGUGCUUUGUGCUCAACUUCUUCAUCUGGGGUGAGAAGUCGUCGGGCGCUGUGCCCUUCACCACCAUGAUUGCCCUCGUCCUCCUCUGGUUCGGCAUCUCCGUCCCGCUCGUCUUUGUCGGAUACUUCUUUGGAUUCCGCAAGAAGGCGUACGAGCAUCCCGUAACAACGAACCAGAUCCCACGCCAGGUGCCGGAUCAAGUCUGGUACAUGCACCCAGCAGUCAGCAUGUUGCUUGCAGGCAUCCUCCCCUUUGGCGCCGUCUUCAUCGAGCUCUUCUUCAUCCUCAACGCGCUGUGGGACAACCAGUACUACUACCUGUUUGGCUUUCUCUUCCUCGUGUUCAUCAUCCUGAUCAUGUCAUGCGCCGAGAUUGCCAUUGUCAUGACAUACCUGCAGCUGUGCGCGGAGGACUACCACUGGUGGUGGAGGUCAUUUGUGGUGUCGGGCGGCUCCGCCAUCUACGUGUUUCUGUACUCCAUCUUCUACUUCUCCACCAAACUUGAUGUUGACGACGGCGUCUCGACGCUGCUCUACUUUGGGUACACCGGCCUCAUGGUCUUUACCUUCUGGAUCCUCACAGGCACGGUUGGCUUCAUUGCCACAUACUGGUUCACGAAGAAGAUCUAUGGCUCCAUCAAGAUUGAUUAGGCGGCCCCCUGUCCACAACACCAGCAACGACAACACCACCAGCACAACAAUGCCAACACAUUACGGCAGCACUUUGUGUGUACUUGUUUCGCCCCUCUUCCCCUCGUGCAUAUGUGAGUGUGGAGACGUUUUGUGGCGAGUGCACAAUAAAACCCGGUUCACGUCUGCGUGUGUACUGCUGUAAUUACAUUGGCGUCCCUUUGAGAAAAGACGCAAAACAAAAUGGUGAAG